AUGGCCGCACCAACGCCUCCACCCUCAUCAAAGACACCAUUCUCACUUUACGAUAACCUCUUAGAUCCCAAUGAUCCGCCUCCUCCGGCCACGAUAUCCUCCGCUCCAGUUCUGUACGGUCAAGCUGAGUCGGUCGCCGAAGCCAAGAAGUCGCUAGAUCCAGCUCUGCGGUUUCAGCCCAUCCGCCGCCCUCCCGUAAAGCAAGCAGCCAAAACCAAAGGUGCCGCGUUUCCAAAGUUAAUAGCAGCUUCCAAGCCGCUUGGCACUGCAGAGCCGAGUGCAAAUCCAGUUCACUCGGCACCCCAUGCCUCGUCGGCCUCAGCUACCGGGCAGUCUGCCAAGAGUACUCUCGCAGACUGGGCCGCGACGGAGGAAGACGAGUGGCGGUACGGCGUGGGUGAGAAGCGCCAGCGUGGUGGGCGUAAGAAGAAGAAGAAGCAACAACAGAUGCAAGUCGAAACGGAUUGGGAUGAAAUAUAUGACCCAGCUAGGCCGACAAACGUUGACGAGUACUUGAGAAGUGAUGAGAAGAUAGACGAAGUGAGAGAAUGGAAAGCACUGCUCUAUCGGCACAGGAAGAAACCGGAUGAAAGCGACGCAUCAGAUGAUGAGGACGAGGAUUCAAUGCCAGUGCCAUCAAGUCAGCACCGUCCUUCUUUCCGUGACCGUCUCGUUGCACACAUCUCCAGUACUAACUCAAGUUUAGAACAAUUCGCACCUCCCCCUUCGUACGCCUACGUGCCGCCACCGCCUGAAUCGCCUCCAGCACCACCACCGCCAGACGAGAGCGCCGAUGAUGCCUACGCCCACCGCUUGGCCUUGUCUUCCAACAGUCAACCUCCGCCGCCGCCCUCGCCGCCCACGCAACCAAACGAGCCGCCUUCGAUUCCACCACCGACAGACUCAACGACCAUAUCCCGCGCCCCCGUACACUACACUCAACCCAGAGACUCUGGCGAAGAAAACGAUACCAACUCCCCGCCCCCAACUCUCGGCGGCGGCAGCGACAACGACGAGAUGUGCAAAUCAGAGGCUCAGCAACGCUCAAACCGCCCCGGCCAGGCCGGCUUCGCUCACCGCCUCAUGUCCAAGUACGGCUGGACCCAAGGAACGGGCCUCGGCGCCAACGAGACCGGCAUCACCAACCCCCUCCGGGUACAAGUCGAGAAGCGCCGCAAGAAAGCUGAUGCCGAAGGUGGCGGGUGGGCAGAACCCAAAGGUAAAGGCAGAAUCAUCGGUUCCAAGAGCAAAGAUGAAGCCGGCAGCUUCGGCCCCAUGAGCGACGUGAUCGUUCUGCAAAACAUGUUGGAGAACAUGCCCGAUCUGCAGGCCGAGAUAGCCGACGGCUUGGGCCAAGAGAUUGGGGAAGAGUGCGGAGAAAAGGCGAGUGUUCCCUGCAUGGCGCCUCAUCCCCCUGCAAUCCAUUCACUAACGCAUCAUGCUGCAGCGGUCAACGAACUAAAUGGUCGUAUAUUUAACGGCAACGCAAUAAUACCCAAAUUCCACGAUUCAGAAGCGUUUGAGAGGGGUGUGUAUAAUGUCUAG